AGGUUCGGCAGCCUGGCUUGAGCUGCGGUGGAAGCGAGUGGGCGGGCCGUCAGAGCAGGGUUGUCGCCGGGACCCGAAUUCCCAGGCCCACUUAGACCCGUCGUUGUGCGAAGCGGCCACGUCUGAGCCCGGGGGCGGACCCGUGCUGGGGAUAUCGCCGUGUGACCUCGACCAGGAUACCCCCUCCCAAGGUCUUGUCCUGUUGAUGAACGCCGUCUGGUCCCUGUAAGCACCGUCGAGGCAGGAAGCCCGCCCUUUCGAAAGCCGUGCAAGGGGUUGGGGUGGGUGCAUCUUAGCUGACCCCAUCCCGAUUUGAGGUCUGUCGGCUCUGCCCUUCAGCGUGCAUGCGAGAUCUUAGUUCCCUGACCAGGGAUCGAACCCGCGGCCCCUGCAGUGGACGCGCAGAGUCUUAACCACUGGACCACCAGGAUGGGUACCCCCGCCUCUGUGGUGAGCGAGCCGCCCCCUGGGCAGGCCCCGACGGAAGCCCGGGGCCGCAAGCAGGCCUCGGCCAACAUCUUCCAGGACGCUGAGCUGCUGCAGAUCCAGGGCCUGUUUCACCGCAGCGGGGACCAGCUGGCCGAGGAACGAGCACAGGUCGUCUGGGAGUGUGCAGGGGACCACCGUGUGGCGGAGGCCUUGAAGAAGCUGCGCAGGAAGAGGCCCCCUCGGCAGAAGCCCCUGGGCCCCUCGCUACACCACUGCAGCCGGCUCAGAAUCACAGAGCCCCGCACUCCACCGGCCGACCCACAGAGCAGUGCCACGGAGAUGGCUUCCAGCGGGCAGUAUCUGAACUCCAGGAGGACCAAUGCCAGGAUCCGCCGGAACCGGAGGAAGCCAGGUCCCCCAAGCUACCUUCAUCAGAUCAGACACUGAUCCGGGGAAAGGGCUGGGAACAGCUCUAUCUUCCCCAGGAUUCAUAGGGACUUUUGCCAAAAGGUCUGGGGAAGCGAAGAAGGAAGAGAGCUGAGGCAGACAGCCCCACUGCUGGCACUGGCCUGCUCGAGUCAGAACAGGCCCGGAGGCUUCCACUGAGCUGUUAUAUGGGACCCAUUCCUCACCAGAUUGAGGAGAAACAGUGACCGUUCCUGCCUCAGCCCUUCUCAGUUUAACACUAUACCUGGGCUGCAUGAUAUUCCCCUGGGAGUCAAGGACAGGCACUCAGACUCAGCAUCUCACCACUCCUGCUACCGACCCUCCUACUACUCCCGUAACCUGUGGUCCAGCAGCUUGUCCCACACCCCUGCCCCUUCAGGCCAGCACAAGGAAACCAUAGUUUAAGUGGCAAAAUAAAACCAUUUGCAUCAA